CGGAUAUCUCCGUCUUCGCGCUUCCUUUCAGCUCAACAAUUUCCAAAAGUAUUGUACCUGAGUACCUUUUUACCUUACCUAACCUAACCUACAUUUGAAUGGAUGCAUACCUACAUAAAAGCAAACGGCACUCGGACCAAUAGAAUUAUUCCAUGCGAAUAUAGGUAUGGUAGUACAGAUGGAGGUAGUAAAUGUAUAACGCGGGCGCGGGACGGGCUUCGACGUCAUUUCGCUAAAGCUACACUACACAUGUCAUUCCACCCCAGAUACUGCGACUGGAGACAUUCGUUUUUUUCCCGUGUUUUUUGGAGGUGCCACAGGUCGUAAUUCGUGAGAUUACCAUGCUACAUACAUACCUACCUACCUACCUACAUAUCUAUUUGAAGUAGUGUAUUAGUGGCUGUAAAGAGUUCCGUUAAUUAUUUCUAAACCGAGGCACAUUCAUUCAUUCAUUCUCUCUCUUUCUCUCUCCCUCUCCUCCUAGUGUAAUUCCGCUACGAUCGUCGCUGCAUACAUAAUAUACACACCCUUUUAAUCAUUAUAAUCAUGUCCAUUGGCAUUGCACGUCAAGACGGCUAGCAUGGCAUGUGAAUCCCCCUCCUCCUCCUCCUCCAAACCUAGGGUGACCUUCCUUACUGGUAAACGCCAUCAUAACUAUGGCUUUCCUCCCGAAGCUUUCGAUUAUACGAGACUGCCCGACUUCGAUCGCGAGUUUCUCCCGCCCGAACACCUCGCCGCUUUUGCCGCCGCCUUGAACGCUCCCGACCCGAAUCACGCAUCCGAUGAUACCGCGUCGCCGAAAAGCCCUACUACAAGAAGUACGGGUAGCCUGGAACUAACACGGUCCGGCUCGGUAGCAUCUGCCGAUACUACAGCCCCCCUUUCCGAGGGCGCCGCGACCCAGAAUGGCUCCCAGGGCGGCAUGUUCAUCACGGCGCAGAACGACUGGGCUCCGGUGAACGAAAAAGUAUCUAAACACGGUCGCAAGAAGAAGAGGAAAAAGACGAUGCUAGGUCGUCGCACCGUAGACGAGACUCGGGAAGGUUACCUAUACGGGCUGUUAAAAUGGCCCUUCCUCUUCUUCGUGGGCAUGUGGAUUAUAGGACUAGCCGCAUCAUAUCUAUGGACGCGGUUCUACAUCUUCGUAUACGAGUACUUCAUCGCCUGGAGAGGGACGCGGGAAAAGCUGCGCCAGAACAUGAGAGCCGCUAGCAGCUACCAGGAAUGGGUCAAGGCGGCUAAAGAGCUGGAUGCGUUCCUAGGAAAUGAGCAGUGGAAGGAAAAAGACGAGUUCGCGUACUACGACUCUAAGACGGUCCGGCGCGUCUGGGAGCAACUACGCAGACAUCGGAUAGCCGCCGAGGCGCAGGAAGCAAAACUGGCGCGUGCGCCUGGGUACGAAAAGGGGGACGUGUCUGGGAAGAGCGAACAUCGCAAGAAUAUCGAAGAGCUGAAGGCUUUGACGGAAGCCUGCGUGAAGAAUAACUUUGUUGGAGUAGAGAACCCCAGGCUAUACAGCCAGACAUAUUACGGGACUAAAAACUUGGUUCAAAAUUUUGUGGAUGAAGUGGAGAAGAGCACACGCUUCCUGGUCCAUACCAAGCAACUAUCGUUUGAAGAAAAGCGAGCAGUAUUUAAACGAAUGCACGCAAACUACGGACGCACCGCAUUAUGUCUAUCCGGCGGCGCCUCUUUCGCGUACUACCACUUCGGCGUUGUCAAAGCGCUGCUCGACGCAGACUUGCUACCAGACGUCAUCACGGGCACGAGCGGCGGCGCUCUAGUAGCAUCCCUCGUAGCGACGCGGACUAACGACGAGUUGAAACAACUAUUGGUGCCCGCGCUGUCGUAUAAGAUCAAAGCUUGCUCCGAGCCCAUCAGCACCUGGUUCCCGCGAUGGUGGAAGACGGGCGCGCGAUUCGAUUCUGUCGAGUGGGCGCGCCAGAGUAGCUGGUGGUCCCGCGGGUCGACGACGUUUAGGGAGGCGUACCAGCGCACGGGAAGGAUACUCAAUGUUAGCUGCAUUCCGGCCGAUCCGCACUCGCCGACCAUCCUCUGCAACUACCUCACGUCGCCCGACUGCGUCAUCUGGUCUGCCGUAUUGGCAUCUGCCGCCGUUCCCGGGAUCCAGAAUCCCGUAGUCCUCAUGAUGAAGACCCCAGAUGGGUCGCUUGUUCCGUAUUCGUUUGGCCACAAGUGGAAAGACGGCAGUCUGCGAACGGAUAUACCUAUCAAGGCGCUCAACCUGCACUUCAACGUCAAUUUCACCAUCGUCAGCCAGGUCAACCCGCACAUAUCCCUAUUCUUCUUCUCGUCCAGAGGCACGGUCGGGUCCCCCGUAACCCACCGCAAGGGCCGCGGCUGGCGUGGCGGAUACCUAGGCUCCGCAUUGGAACAGUACGUAAAACUAGACCUAGCAAAAUGGCUCAAGGUCCUUAAACACUUGGAGCUCCUCCCGCGCCCCCUCGGCCAGGAUUGGUCGCAUAUCUGGCUGCAACAAUUCAGCGGCACCAUUACGCUCUGGCCGCGAACGCAAGCCAGCGACUUCCUGCACAUACUCUCGGACCCCGACCCGGACCGCCUGGCGCGCAUGCUGCACGAGGGCCAGCAGAGCGCGUUCCCGAAGCUCAAGUUCAUCGAGAACAGGUUAAAAGUCGAACGGCAGAUCGAGCGGGGCAGACGGGAGACGUUGCCGGGGGUGAGGAGAGACAGCAUCGAGAGUAUCAUCGACGAGGAGGAUUUGAGGGGUUUGCUGAGAGGGACCGGCGGCGGGACUACGGAUGAUGAGACGACGGAGGGGACGGAGGACGUAGAUGAGGAGGCUGUUGAAGACGCUGUUGAAGACGGGGACGACGAUGCGGCGGUUAUAUCUGAAAAUGGGAGGAAUGGGUUGAAGACGGAUUAGAACGUGCCGUGGACUGGUUUUGUGUGUUUUCUUUCUUCUAAUUUGUUUCUCUCGGUCAAGCGUGAGGUUGCAUAGGUUAGGUAGUGUAGGGCAUGUAUACAUAGGUUAGGUAGGUAGGAGUUGGUCGAUGAUUCCCCGUGCCUAGGUUAGGUAGGUAGGUAGGUAGGUUGAGAGAAGUAGACGGGAGAGAGGGAGUGGCUAGGUACCUAGGUAAUUAGCAUUAGUUAGAUUUAGCUGGGGUUCUCUACAUAUCGGAUCUAGGUUAAAGACUCGAAAUCAUGGGAAAUAUCGGGAGUUCAAAUAUAAGGAGUUCUCUCUGUAAUUAGAAAUUAUCCUGGUAAAAGGUAGCUUAGGUAGGCUCUCCUCACCCACCCACCCUUCGUGUGAUAACCUUUCGCCCACCUUGAUGUUAGAUCAGAUCCAACGUUAGUUACCUACCUACCUACCUACCUACCUACCUACCUA